CUGAUCCAAAUCGGUAUCAUGAAAGAGACUUUCUAUCCACUGAUUCAACACAAUGGCCAGAGGUUGUUGCCUCAUCCAAUAGGUCAAGUCUUGUGCUGGCCAAAUGCUUCAUCAGCUUGCAACUGGUGAUAGAUAAACUAGUUUUCAUCUGUUGAACCAGUUUGGUCAAGGACUCAAAGCCUCUUAUCAAUCUGACCAAAAGCUUCCUCUUUUGAGCAUUUACCCUCAAUCUUAACAAUUCGGUACAUCGAUAACAUUUCUCUUUGAGCUAACAAAAGAUCUAACGGCCGGUUUCGAUAUAUACCGCAAGAUGGAAAACCAUACGACUCGAUUACAACAAGUACACUCGAACACAAAGCAUGUGAGUCAUGGAGGAAUAUAAUCUCUGUCUCAGCCAUAAUUUUUUCGAGGAUAGUAACAAAAUGUUACCAAAACAUAUCUUUACAACCUACCCCUUUAUGAUAACGUAUUUACAAAAUAAGCCCAACCUUUGUAAAUAAAUAUCAGAUUAUCCCAAUAAGUUUUUAAUUUUUUCUAAUACGCCCCAAAGCUUCUAACGGGAACCUGAUAACUGCGCGACGUCGUAUAUGAAGCUUGCCUUAGAGUACAAGGGUCAAAAAGUAACUUUGACUCCACUGAAUUUGAAUUCGCUCUCUCUCUCUCUAGCUUUCUUCAUUUCUCUCGGAUCGUUGCUCUUCAACUCUACUCUCGCACAGGUUAGACUCGAUCGAUUCUCUCUGCGUUUCUCGAUUGUAUUUGCUCGAUUCGUGAUCGGUUUCAGUAGAGCCAUUGCUAGCUCCGACUAGCCACACUAUCUCUGAGAUUUCGCUAUCUCUGAGUCCCGGCGAGCGAUUAGAGUUCAAUCGGUUUUCCAUUAGGAUCUUAGCAGAUUUUCGAUUUGAAUUUGUGGAUGAUGAUAGACUAUUAAUAUCGCCAUGGAUACACACACGCUUAAAUCCGUCUCCGAUUUGCCUCCAAAUUUUCGCUCAGCUUUUACUUUCAGAUACUUCAACUCGCUGCAGAGCGAGUGUUUUCCGCUUUGCUUUCACUCCGAUAUCAACAUGGUUAUCUCAGCCCCCACGGGAAGUGGCAAAACCGUGCUUUUCGAGCUGUGCAUCUUGAGGCUUCUCUCCAAGUCUAUCUCUAGUGAUGGAAGGUUUCUCCAUGCUAAAGGAGCUCUUAAAACAGUUUACAUAUCUCCGUCCAAGGCUUUGGUACAGGAGAAGCUCCGUGAUUGGAAUCAGAAGUUUAAUUCAUGGGGAAUCAGUUGUUUGGAGCUGACUGGUGAUAACGAAACCUACAGUUCGAAGAAUAUACAAGACGCUGAUAUUAUCUUGACCACACCUGAGAAAUUUGAUGCAGUGAGUCGUUACCGCGUUAGCAGUGGAGGCUUAGGUUUUUUCAGCGAUAUAGCGCUUGUGCUCAUUGAUGAAGUUCACCUGCUGAAUGAUCCACGAGGAGCUGCUCUGGAGGCAAUAGUCAGUAGAAUAAAAAUUCUUUCUAGUAAUCAUGAGCUAAGGUUAAGUACUUUAGCCUCCGUGCGUCUUCUGGCUGUCUCAGCUACAAUUCCAAACAUUGAGGAUCUAGCGGAAUGGCUCAAGGUUCCUACUGCAGGAAUUAAGAGGUUUGGCGAAGAAAUGAGACCUGUUAAGUUGACAACUAAAGUUUUUGGAUAUGCUGCUGCCAAAAAUGAUUUCCUCUUUGAAAAGCGCCUCCAAAACUAUAUAUAUGACAUGUUAAUGCAAUACUCAAAAGGAAAAUCUGCCUUAGUUUUCUGCUCGACAAGAAAGGGCGCUCAAGAGGCUGCACAAAAGCUUGCUCAGACAGCAAUGACCUAUGGCUACUCAAAUCCAUUUGUUAAAAGCAGAGAACAGCUGGAACGAUUAAGGGAGGCUUCGCCAAUGUGCAGUGACAAACAAAUGCAAUCUUAUAUCCUCCAAGGCGUUGGUUAUCACAACGGUGGUCUUUGCCAAAAAGACCGCAGCCUGGUAGAAGGGCUCUUCCUUAGUGGAGAUAUCCAAGUUCUUUGCACGACCAACACUCUUGCUCAUGGAAUCAACCUGCCUGCACAUACAGUCGUCAUCAAAUCAACUCAACAUUUCAACAAGGAAAAAGGUCACUACAUGGAAUAUGAUCGUUCCACACUACUACAGAUGUGUGGCAGAGCUGGUCGGCCUCCAUUUGAUGACACGGGACUGGUUAUUAUUAUGACCAGAAGAGAGACGGUCCAUCUAUACGAAAAUCUCUUGAAUGGGUGCGAGGUUGUUGAAUCACAAUUGCUGCCAUGCUUAAUAGAGCACCUAACCGCAGAAAUAGUCCAACUUACUGUCACUGACGUUACACGGGCAAUUGAGUGGAUGAAGUGCUCAUACUUGUAUGUCAGAAUGAAAAAGAAUCCAGAGAACUAUGCUAUUAAGAAAGGAAUUCCUAAAGAUCGAGUAGAGAAGCAUUUGCAAGAGCUUUGCCUUCAGAAGAUCAAUGAGUUGUCAAGCUAUCAGAUGAUAUGGACUGACACAGACGGUUUUGUUUUGAAACCAGAAGAGCCUGGAAGGCUGAUGACAAAGUACUAUCUAAAGUUUGACACAAUGAAGUAUAUUAUUAAUGCGCCAACGGGCUAUAGCUUGGACGAGGCUCUUCAUAUUGUAUGCCGUGCUGAAGAGAUAUCUUGGAUACAGCUCAGACGUAAUGAGAAGAAGACCUUGAAUGAUGUGAACGCAGAUAAAGAAGGGCGGCUCAGAUUCCAUAUCAACGAUAAUAAAGGAAAGCGGAAAAAACGCAUCCAAACCAGAGAAGAGAAACUAUUUGUGCUUGCAAAUGAUUGGUUGACUGGGGAUCCUUCAGUCCAUGAUUUAUCCAUGACUCAGGACGCUAACUCCUUAUGCUCGAAUGGAUCCAGAAUAGCUAGAUGCAUGAAAGAGUACUUUAUAUAUAAAAAGAAUUAUAAAGGAACGAUUAGCUCAACUCUUCUUGCCAAAUCACUCUUUCAAAAGCUCUGGGACGACAGUCCAUAUUUGCUGAAACAAUUGCCUGGCAUUGGAAUGGUUACAGCAAAGGCACUUCAUUCGAUGGGGGUCAGGUCAUUUGAAGCUCUUGCUGAGGCUGAUCCAAGAAGGAUAGAGAUUGUUACCGGUCGAAAAUAUCCUUUUGGAAAUCAUAUCAAGGAAUCUCUAUCUUCCCUACCUCCAAAAGUAGAAAUCAAGGUCGAGGAAGUUGAGAGUCAGAAGCAAGGGGUAUCUAAACUAGCAGUCACAUUGACUCGACUAUCACAACCUCUCGUAUCCACAAAACGCCAUUAUGCUGAUAUGAUUGUUGGUUCAGAGGAAGAAAACCAUAUCCACUUUCAUGAGAAAAUAAGAAUGGAUGACUUCUCCAGUCCCUAUAGCGUCACCAUACUCGUUGAAAGGCCCCAACAGGCUAAGGUGACUGUGAAGGCUGAUCUCAUCUUUGAGGAAUACAUUGGAAUUGAUCUCCAUGAAACACUUCUACUGAAGAAGGCAAACAACAACACAGUAAAUUACAAAAGUGAAAACAGGCUGCCACACUAUUAUCCUCCCAUGGUGGAUGUCUGCGUAGUGGAUGAUAACAGCCCAGUAAAAUCUGGACCUCCAAACCGAAAGAAUCAAAAAGAUGAGAUGCCUAGUUUCAAGCUCAUAGAUGAAGAUUCAGAAGAAGAGAAAGAGCCUUAUUUGACGAUGGAAGAAGACGACUGCGUCAUUCUCAAUGAACAUACAGUGUUCGACCACAUACGUCAAAAAGCAAAGUGUUUCCCAUCAUUGAUCACUUUGAAUCCAACCUCUUCGGCAACUCUGAAAAGGAAGAGCUUAAUGAAGAAUUCUCCUGAACUCGAUCCGCUAUUUCAGUAUGAUUCUGUGUUUCGCUCAACCACAACUACUAAAGACAUCAAACAAACCGCACAGAAAAUUACAACCCCGGUUUAUGCAAGCAAUGGGAAAACAGAGAGACCAUUCUCAGAUGAAACAGUAUUCAACUACAUAAGGAAAAGGUCCAAGAACUCUCCCAUACUCGCCACAUCAACAGUUGAGGAUCAUAUAGCCAUCUCUUCUCAAGAACGAAGAAACACAAAGACAAGUCCCUAUACAUCAUACGGGUUAUUGCCUAGUCCUGCUAAAAUACCAAGCAUCAAAUCUGAUGCACCUGCAGAAAUGCUGUCGUUUGAUAUCUCAAUGGCAAAUAGUAGCAACACCAACUUAGAGGAGAAGAAGAAAGGAUCCUGCUCCCAACUUGCAGGUAAGUCCAAUGGUUCUGAUUCUUUUCUUGGAUUUAAAAGCAUCUUCUCUUUUCUGUGACUUUCUCAUUUGCAUGUCAAUACAAAACUGAGUGUUGUUGAGUAUCUAUAGUCUCCUCAUGCUGA